AUGAUAUUUUUGAUUUUAUCCAUUAUCCUAUUUUUGUUAACAUAUGAAUGUAAAACAAUAAAGAAAUAUUUUUAUGUUAACAAUAAUAUUAAUUUGUUAAAAGAUAAGAAAAAAAACAUAACAUACCGUUUAAGAAGGAAUAAAAGAAUAUAUGAAAAUGGAAAUGAUUUGUUUGAAUAUUUUAUUACAUUAAAAAAUGAAGAACUAGAAAUGCAUAAAGAAGAAAAAAAAAAAAAAAAUCCUCAUGCAGUUAGUUAUAUUCAAAAGUUACCAAAAAAAAAACAUUUAUUAAGAAGAUGGAAAUAUGAUUUAUUUGAAAAAAUAAAAGAAAAAAUGAAAUAUGAAGACGAAACCAAGAGAACAACCAAAUUAUGUAGACAUAAAUUCAAACUUCCCAUUGAUUUCUUCAAAUUAGGAGAUCAAGUUAGAGCAAAAGUUGUACAUGUACAAAACCAUUUAAUAAAAGUAGAUAUUAAUUUCAUACAAUUAGCUCAUUUAUAUAUUAAAAGAUAUUUUAAUGAAAAAGCAGAACUCAAAAAAAAAUAUGAAAUAGGAAAAUACAUAGAUGUUGUCAUUUGCUAUAUUCAUAAAAAAAAUAAUAUUAUACAAGUCACAGAUAAUGAAGAAGAAAUCAAAAUGUUGAAAUUCAACCUGAACAAGCUCAGGGAAGUUGGAUAUUUGAAAAGAAAUUAUCAACAUGAGAAAGGUGAGCAAAAAUAUGACGAUAAAACAUAUGACGAUAAAACAUAUGACGAUAAAACAUAUGACGAUAAAACAUAUGACGAUAAAACAUAUGGUGAUAGUGAAAAAUAUGAUGAGGGUGAACAUUUUGAAGGGGAUGAAAAUUACAAAGUAAAAGAAAAAUAUAAUGAUUAUAUCGAAUGUGAUGAUGAUAAUGAAUGUGAUGAUGAUAAUGAAUGUGAUGAUGAUAAUGAAUGUGAUGAUUAUAAGGAUGAUGAAGAUAUUGCCAACAAUCUGACAAACACAUACCAACAAAGUCAUGUUCCCAAUAUGACUUAUCAACAAAAUAUUUAUAAGCACAACAAAAAUGAAGAAAAGAUUGAUGAAAUUAAAGAAAAAUUAGGACUACAAUUUCAACUUAAUAAAGAUUCUCAAGAUUUAAUGUAUAUCAAAGAAGAAAAUAAAAAGAAAAAAUUAAAAAAAAUUACAGAUUUCAAAAUAGAAGAUGAAGUAAAUGGUACAGUAAAAUUUAUUAACGAAGAAGGUGCAUAUAUAGAUAUAGGAUGUAAAACAUUAGCUUUUUUAAAUUUAGGUCAUUAUAAUAAAGACCCUAACAAUUUCUUAAACAAUCGAAAAAAGAAAAAAAUCGAAAUUAAUGAUUAUAUAAAAAAUUUGAAAAUAAGAAAAAUAGAUAUAUUAAACAACAGAAUUGAGGUAAGUGUAUAUGAUAUGCAAGGGGAAGCUUGUCUACGUAUUUUAAAUCAACAAGAAACAUUAAGAGAACAAAAUAAAUAUAUCCCAUGUUCUUCAUUUAUAACACAUAAUUAUCAUAUGAUCAAUUAUAUUAAAAAAUACAAUGAAUUAAAAAAAAAAAAAAAAAAUGUAUACAAUUUAUUUGAAAAAAAUAAACAGCUAGAUGAAUUAAGAAAUGUAAAGGAUUUAAAAAAAGAAGAUUUUAAAUCAUUUAUAUUAAAAUAUAAUGAACUUAGUUCUCCCAACAGUAAUUAUCAAGAAAUGUUGGAGCAAAAUGCAAACAAUGAACAAUUUCUAAAAGAGAUAGGAACGGAUGUAACAAAUAAUGAGAAUAACCAAUUUAAUGUAGACUUUUUAAGAAAAAAAAAUAAAGAAUUAAAAAAUGAAAUACAAAUAUUUAGAGAUAAUUUAUAUACGCCCAUGAAUAAUAAUAAUAAUAAUAAUAAUAAUAAUAACAAACAAUGUACGAAUCAAACAUUCGAUAAUCAUUAUAUGAAUAAUGACAAAUGUCAUAAUGAUCAAGAUCAAAACGAAUACUCAAUUUCAGAAAGGUACAUAUAUGAUCAACAAGACAAAUAUAAUACUGAUGAAGAAUCAAUAAACAAAAUGAAGGAAAAAUUAAAGUAUUAUGAUUCUCUUAAUAUAGAUAAUGAUAUGCAUAACAUAGAAGCAAAUGAACAAAACCAAUCAUCACUUUUAUAUCUUAAAAAGAAUAUACACAAAAUAAGACGUGAUGUCCUAGAGGAAUGUAAUCAAAACUCUCACUCGGAGGAUCGAAAAAGGAAAAAUUUUCAAAGGCAAAUUGAGAAGGAUCUACUCACUUUGAAGAAGUAUCAAAUGGAAGAUAAAAAUGGGGUGACUAAGUCAAGUGGACAUGAACAAAAUGAUAGAGGGAAUUAUGAUGAUGAAAAAUAUGAUCAAUAUUAUGAUGAUGAAAAAUAUGAUCAGUAUUAUGAUGAUGAUGAAAAAUAUGAUCAGUAUUAUGAUGAUGAUGAAAAAUAUGAUCAAUAUUAUGAUGAUGAUGAAAAAUGUGGUGAUAAAAAAUAUGAUAAAAAUUAUGAGAAGAAAAAAAACUCUUCUCAUGAAAACGUAAAUGACUUUUUAAAUAGAAAUUCAGAAAAGGAUAAUUUGUUUAAUAAAAAUGAACAACUUGAAGAAGAAGAUAAACUUUAUGAUGAAGAACUUAAAAAGAAAAUUUUUGAAAAUGAUCCCCUAGAUGAUGAUAAAAACAAUGAAGAUGAAAAAUCCUUUUUUAAUAUAAAAAACGAUCUUAAUUAUAUAUUAAGUAAAAAUUUAAAUAUGAAUAUAUUGAAUGAUGAACAAAAAUGUAUUGAAGAAGCUUCGAAAUUAUUUGGUGAAGAUAUAAGUAAGUGGGAUGAAAAAAUGUAUUAUUAUUUUGGAAGUAAGGAUAACUUAUCCUUAGAUAAUGUAGAAAUAUAUGAUGACUAUGAAUUUAGAAAUAAAUUAUUAAAUAGAAAUGUAGAAAAUCAUUUUAGUGAAUUUGAUAAAAUAUUGAAUAUACAAAAUGACAAAAUGAUACAAGAUGAUCAGCAAUUUUUAAGUGCAAAAUAUGGCGAUAACGUACAUAAAAAUGAUGACGAAGUAAUGCAUAAGAAAAAGAUAAUUAAUUAUAAUGAAGAAAUAAAUAAUAAACAUAUAAAUCAUCAUACAAACAAAUAUGAUAUCAUUGGUGAACAUAUAAAUGAUGAGUCAGACCAAUAUGAUAUUAAUGAUGAUGAUACGACUGACGAUGAUAUAAUAUACCACCAAGGGAACAAUAACAAAAAUAUAAAAAAUAAAAAUAAUUAUAAUGAAAUUUUUGAGCAUGAUAAUUAUUCUCCUGAGGAUGAUAAACUUAAGGAUACUUCCCUUAUUCAUCAACAAACAAAUAAUGCAACAAAAAUGAAUAUACACAUAAAUAAUGAACAUAAUGAAAAUAAUGAACAUAAUGAAAAUAAUGAAAAUAAUAAAAAUAAUGAAUAUAAUUAUGAUGAUGAUAUCGAAAAUUAUUUAAAUACAUUUAUUAAUGAAGAAAAUGUUCAGGAACAUUGUGUAAAAUCACCUGAACAAGUCAGGCAAAAAACAAACACACCAAAUAAAAAAGUGGCAAAUUUAAAAAAAUCAGAAUUAAAUGAAAAUAAUGAUAUGCAAAAUUAUGACAUGUUUGAGAAUAAUGUGAAAGAGUUAUUUUAUGAAGAUAAAAAAAAGAAAAAUGAAUUCGUUAAAGACAUAUAUACAAUUUUGAAUGAUAAAAUGCAUUCCAGUGAAAAUAUAAAUGUAGAUCAAAAUAAUAAUCAGCAACAUAUCGAUAAUAAUAAUAAUAAUAAUAAUAAUAAUUUAUUUUCUAAGGAAGAACAAAGCAAAUUAGAAGAAACAACCGAAAUUAAUAUUCAGAAUAUUAUAAAUAAGGCUAUAAAUAUUGGAAAUUUAUUUAAAAAAAAUGAACUGCACAAAUUAUUAAAAAUGAAAAAAAAAUCGAACAAUGAUCGAAUGACUCCUGUAAAAGAUCCAACGAAUGGAAAUGUUUUGAAAAUAAAUAAAAUGAUAAAAGUAGAGGAACAAAAAAAACAAGAAGCAAUGGUAGAACAUAAUCAAAAUUAUCAAGAUAAUAAUCAUAUUGAUUCUUUUGAAAAAAGUUAUGUCAAGAAUGAAGAUGAUGAAAUGAAAGCGUAUAGAAAUGCCUCAUAUGAAUUACAAGGCUAUUAUAAAAGGAAAAGGAAAAUGAUAAACAUGGAAGAACUAAAAGACGUACAACCAGAAAAGGAGGAAGGGCUUGUUUUAAGUAACGACGAUCUAAUAAAUAAUAAACAUAAUAAUGACAAGAAUACCAGUUCUUAUGAAAAAGAAAUGGAUAAUAACAAUAAAUCAAAUAAGAUAAAUAACUUUUUAAAUGUAGAUAUGAACAAAGAUAUGCUAUUUCUAUAUGGACAAAAUGAAAAAAUAGCAGAAGACAAAUUUCUAGAAAAGUUAUUAGAAAAAGAAAAACAUACGAAUAAAGCAGUCAGUAAAGAUAUUGACGUAUUAAUUCAAAGUUAUAAAUAUAUGAAUGAACAUCCUGAUAAUUUCAUAGAAUAUUUUUAUAAAAAAAAUGAACAAAAAACAUCCUCAUCUAAUAAUAAUAAAGAAAAAGAAUGUAUAGAUACAAAUGGAAAUAAUAAUGUGAAUCAUAUAAUUAAUGAUAACAAUUAUAUGAAUGAAUUUAACUAUAAUGCUAAUAAUAAACAACAUUAUUAUGAUAAUAUACCAACAUAUGAAGAAAAUAUACCAACACAUGAGGAAAACAUACCAACACAUGAGGAAAACAUACCAACACAUGAGGAAAACAUACCAACACAUGAGGAAAACAUACCUACAGAUUUUAAUGAUUUCUCUAAUACAACGAUCGCAUUAAAAACGUGGUCCUUAAAAUUAGGACUAAUAAAAGAAAAGCAUAUGCAUUUAAAUGAUCAAGAAUUAAUUAAUCAUUUUCUUAAAAGUGAAAAGUUUAAAAGAGCUUUAAAAUUUUAUAAUGUAAAUACAAAAUAUGUAACUAUACCUCUUAUUUAUAAAAUAACAAAAUUGUUAUAUUUUGAGAGGCCAUUUCCAAGUAAAGAAAAGUAUUAUAAGUUGAACAUGAAUUAA